UGGCGAGCCUGGGGCGUCGUCAGAGAGGCGAAGUAGGUGGCACCGCAUGUCCUUCACCCUCCCUCCGGAGAACUUCCUUCGUCAGUCUCUCUUGAAGUUCCCUGCCGAGGCGUAGGUCUCCUCGAAUCCCUCCUCCCGCUGAAGCACCCUCCUGCAGAUUGGCCAAAUGGGGCUCUGGGGCUUCUUCCUCUUCGUCCUGGCUGUUGAAGCCAGCGCCAUGAAGUUCGUUGAGUAUGGCCUCGGAGAUCAGGAGAUUCUCCACCGGAUGAAGAGGCGCCUGGAAUUUCCCGUGGCAGGCGGUAACGACAACGACACCGUGGUUAUCGAAGAAAUGUCAGAGACCUGUACUUGGUGCGACAACGAUGACUUGGAGGUCGACGAUGAGCACAGAGCAACCACUGUGCAGAGGUUCAACAAGUACAUAGCACCUGGAAAAUGUGUUGUAAACAAAUCGCCAAGAUACCCACAGAAAUAUCCCAAUAAUAGGGAUAUACGCUGGAAGUAUACGGGGGCCACGGGAAGUAUAUUGACGUUUAAAGUAAUUAAGGGCGGAGUCCAGAAACACUACAAAUGUCAAAAGGAUUAUGUUGAGAUCUACACAAAUGGCAAAAGAUUAAGAGCAUGUGGCGGUCUCAGGAAUUUUCAAAGGAGUUCAGGAACCGACAGCAUUCUCAACGUGAAGUUCGUCUCCAACCGAAGACUACAGUGGAAUGGUUACACUGCGGAAGUCUGCGCAGGAAUACCACCCUCGACUACUACGACCACCACAACUACCACCACUUCCAGCACCACAAGCACAAGCACUACGACCGAGACACCAAUCAUGUGUGAUGACAUCUGUGGUAGUCUUGCAGGGUACACGGGGCGAAUCAGUAACCCUACGCCCGCAGCAACGACCAUCCCAUGGGUCGUGGUCGUCGACAUCUUCAGAGACAACCUGUACAUCCGGGGUUCUGGCAUCCUUAUCUCCAGAAAGCAUGUUCUUACUUCUGCUUAUCUUUUCUACCAAGGAUCUCCAACCGGCAUAGACAACGUGGUCGUCCGAGUCACAGCUGGUGAAUACGAUCUUAGUGAACCCGAAACUCCCGCGGCCCAAGUACUUUACACGUCGGAGGUCACCAUCAAUGAAAACUUCAACAGUACUCUGAGUGAACUCGAUUACAAACUCGCGAUACUCACUCUUACUGAUGACGGUUUCACACUGAACACCCGAGUCCUCCCGAUCUGCUUAGCGGAUAGCACAGUCCUGGAUUACGUCAAGGCUACUUAUUCCUCAGUCUACCUAUCAGGUUUCGGCUGGACUGCUAACGACUAUCCUGCGACGAACUUGUCGACCAUUAGCGUCACUUUCUGCAACUUUGUCUUGGCCGAUUUCUUCUUCUGCCUCUACAGCCUGAACGCCCCAGAUACUCCCUGUUACGGAGACACGGGCUCCGCCUACUACCAGACCUACUCCGACGGCCGUAUCUACGCCGUCGGGAUGGUGACUUCGGUCACGCAGACGGUGUGUCCUGUCGGGGGCUUCGUUAUACCAGGGACCGAUCUCACUUACUUCUACGACUGGAUCAACCUGCAUACUUCACCGCGACACUGUAACCCUUGAAUCGGAAUGGGAAAGGGAUUUUUCUUUGGAAUAGCUCUCGGGCGAUUUCUGGACUCUUGUUAGGAUUUUGGAACUGGAUGUUUGAUACCGUUCAUUCUUUGUUUCUUCUAGUUUCAUGUCUUUUUGGUCAUUCAGUCCUUUUCUCUCUUCCGAUAUCUGCCUCUCUCUCUCUCUCUCUCUCUCUCUCUCUCUCUCUCUCUCUCCUCU